CUCUAUAAUACUAACUAAAGAUAUUUAAAUUUCAUUAAAUGAAAGUUAUUGACUCUAUUAAACCAUGGGGAACAUACAAACCAACGAAAAACAAUCCAAAACCGGAAAAUCCCCUGCUAAGGGUAAACAUUUUAUGCGGAACUUGAACAGAAAAUCACCAGGAAGAGACAGCAAAAAACAUGGAAGGAAAAAAAGUGAUGCCAAACGUGACGCCAUCGACAGGGAGUUUGAUAAAACGCCAGAUUCUGAUAUCAACGAGCCGAUCGAAAUAUCUGAUAACGAUACGGUCGAGUGCGUGUUCAAAACAUUACGGCAAGGGGAGGGCGCAGAGUCGGCGAGCGUGCAGUCGGAGGUAACGGUGACCAGGUGCGAGCCGCGGCCGCGGUCACCGACCCGCGACCAGUUGCCCGCCGCCGCGCCGCCGCCGGCGCUCUCGCCCGCCAACGACUCCACCUCCGAGUCAGUGUUUACGGACCCGCUCACGCCGCUCGCCGUCGAGCUCAACCAGUGCUACUACUCCGCCGAGAGCGACAGCGCGCCCGACGACCUGCCGCGCACCCUCACGCCGAGCCUGGCAGCCGCGCGGCCCGCGAGUGUCGCCAUGACCAUAGACAUGCCGCACGACGAUGCCGCCUGUUCGCUCUCCACUGAUGACAUGGAAAAAGAAGAAAAAAAUGACGUUUUCGACGACAGCGGUGACAAAAGCGAGAAUGAAAAGGUUAUGGGAUCUGCAUUUUCGGGGUUGUGUGGCGACCACAGGGCCGAACGGAAUCUAGAAAGAAUCUCCCACGAGUGCGACCACGAUUUCCUCGACAACCGAGUGAAGGCUUGCCCCGGGCAGACCUCGUUCACGGUGUCGAAGCACAGGAAGGUGGAGCUUCCACCAGUGGCCUGCGAACCACUCGCUUUGCUAGAUACCGUGGUGUCAGACAAGGAUCGGCGGCAUUCGAGUGUUAGUGACGUGCCAAUGUCCGAUUCGAAUGUCCUGAGGAAGGUGGCAUCUCUCACUCUCGACAAGCUCACCGAGUCCCGGGUGGUGCGCCCGAAGUUCGUCCCCGACAAAGUCGACUUCAAGCAGUAUGAAAAGUUUGAAGGUCAGAUGCUCCUGAACUGGUUCGUAUCAUCAAUAACGGAGAACAACCACUUAAAAUCCUUGUUAAGUAUUCAAGAUCAAAGAAACCUUGGGAUUCAGUACUGUACCGAUCUUUUGGCCGCUGGUGUCCUUAGGCAGAUAUCAGACAAGGAUGCGCCCACUGAGAAUAUAUUCAAGCCAAAUUUGAUGUACUACUGGGCUCAUAUGGAGGCACCGGCACUACAACCAGUGACCCCGGGCAGACUGCACACGUCCGUGUGGCCGCCUGACAAAGACUCCUUUAACUUCACACAAGACAACAACCAACGGGAUCUUGAAAACAACAAGUUUUUCAGCCAAAACAAUAAUGAAGAAAUUAGUGACAUUGAUGAGGCAAAAGUAGUAAUAUCUCAGUUAAAGAAGAAACUCCAAGAAUUAGAAUUUCAAUUAGAAAAAUAUAGAAUAACCACACAAAUUGAAUCACUCAAUAAGAACUUAGACAAACGUCUAGAUUCCAUCAAUGAAUAUAACUUAUUGAAAUUCAAGACAGAAUUAAUUAGCAAAGAAGUACAGACUUCAAAUUUUGCCAAUGAACUUACUAAGCUAUCAAAUAAACCUGUGAUAAACAUACCUGAAUAUGACACUCUAAGAACAAAUGUAAAUAUUGAUAAAACUAUAGAUUUAAGUAGUUUAGAACAUAAAAGUGAGAUGGCUAUUUCUAGUAAACCUGAUGUCAGAUCUGAAAAAAUAGUAAAUUAUUGUAAGUUGAAUAAAAGUAGAGAUUGUAAUAAAAGUUAUCGUAAAGAUGAUCUGUCAGAGCUUAGCAAUACUGAAGAAGUAAAGAAAAACACAGACCAAACCAGUGCUUGCUCAUCAGAUGCCUCAUUUCUCAGUACAUAUACAUCCACUGAAUUAAUUACAUAUAGUGCAAAAAGCUCCACAGACUUAGAAAAAUAUGAAGAACCCACUGUUGUAUUAGGGACAACUGCAAACACCUUUAAUAUUCCACCCACCCAAGUUUUGUAUACAACGGUUGAUAUAAAGCAAAAAGUAUCAAAUAGUCAGUCAUCACUGGAUCAGUCAAGUAAUAUCUCAUUGGAUCAGGAAAAUAUUAGCAGUUCAGCUGAAUCAGAUGAUAAAACUCAUUUACCAACAGCUGACCAGUCCCCAGAGCUAGCCAUGUCGGUUGAGUCUGUGCCAAAUACAGAACUUUCUGUGGUAACUCAACUCACGCCAAUAGGAGCCAAACUAACUAGUCAAAUUGAGCCAUUUCACCCUCCACCUUUACCUGGCAUGCCUCCUCCCCCUCCUCCAAUGCCAGGGACACCUCCUGUGUCGCCAGGGUUGGACUCACCCCACUCUCAAACUUUCGAAAAAUAUCCAUCAUUGACUAUAAGACCAGAUGAUACUACUUCACCAAGUACAGUUCCAGAGGCAGCCAGGCAAUCACUUACACCUGAAAUAAGCACUGCUCCACCUCCUCCGUCAAUGCCGGAUGUAAGCCCGGAACCACAAACGCCGUCUAUGGGUCCUCCGCCGCCCCCCAUUCCCGAAAUGGUUCAGCCAACCCUUCCUUCAUCCGACAUGGCUCCACCACCUCCACCUAUGCCGGGAACGGGGUCUUCCCCACUGCACGUGCGUGGCAUUGCGCCUCCACCUUCCAUGCCUGACUGGGGGCUUCCACCUCCCAUGCCUGGCACCGGUCCACCACCGCCACCAAUGCCCGGCACGGGCCCUCCUCCGCCACCAAUGCCUGACAUGGGCCCUCCCCCACCACCGAUGCCUGGCACGGGUCCACCGCCGCCACCGAUGCCUGGCAUAGGCCCUCCUCCACCACCUAUGCCUGGCAUGGGUCCACCACCCCCACCAAUGCCUGGAAUGGGCGGCCCACCACCACCACCAAUGCCUGGCAUGGGCCCACCUCCACCGCCUUUACCUGGUCCUUUUCCACCGCCUUUACCAGGCAUGGGCGACACGAUAUCUCCCGGUAUACCGGGCAUCCCGCCUCCCCCUCCUCCGGCUAUGUCUAGUGGGCCUGUGCCUUUCCCAGCACCUCCAGUGGGAGGAUGGAAUGUUCAAAGAGCAACUUUAAGAAAAACCCCAGUAAAGCCGGCUGCACCCAUGAAACCACUGUAUUGGACACGCAUUCUAGCGGUGCCACCAGCUCCUGUCGCCCAACCAGAGCAUUCAGGCAACUUUAAACCCUUAUGGUUGGAAAUAGAAGAAACCAAGCUAGAUAAUAUUGACGAAUUUACUGAUCUGUUCUCGAGACAAGUCGUAAAAGCGCCUGUCAAGAAAAAAGUCGAAGUCAAGACUAAGAUUCAGCCGAUAAAGAUAUUGGACAGCAAAAGAUCGCAGAAUGUUGGCAUUCUUGCACAAAGUUUACACGUUGAAUUCUCAGAGAUUGAGAAUGCUAUUUACAAUUUCGAUACGUCGGUAGUUAGUUUAGAAGCGUUGCAUCAGAUUUGCGAAUUGAGAGCCACAGAAGAAGAGUUGGCACUAAUAAAAGAUCACCUGAAAAACAAACCUGAGAUACCACUAGACAGACCUGAAGCUUUCCUACAAGAUUUAUCUGGUAUACCCAACUUUGCAGAAAGAAUAUCCUGCUUUAUGUUCCAAGCAGAAUUCGAAGAUGCAGCUAGCACAACUAUGCACAAACUAGAUAAUUUGAAACAUACCUGUGAGUUUCUGAUGACUAGUGAGCCUUUAAAGAAAUUAUUUGCAAUCAUCCUAACUCUUGGCAACUACAUGAACGGUGGAAAUGGUCAGAGAGGGCAAGCUGAUGGAUUUGGUCUUGAGAUUCUAUCUAAACUCAAAGAUGUGAAGUCGAAGCAAUCGAACGUGACGCUCCUCCACUUCAUAGUGCGCACGUACAUGCGCGCGUGCGGCGGCGCGCUGAGCGAGGGCUGCGCGCUGCCCGUGCCCGAGCCCGGUGACGUCACGCGCGCCGCCACGCUCGACUUCGCUGAUGUCGCCGACAACCUUAAUGCGCUUAGGAAGCAGUUGGAUGGAUGCAAAGAUAAAAUGAAGAAAGUGAUAGACACCGACGUUCGUAACCUUAACGAGGACUCUCCUAAUGACGAGGCGAAGAAACGUCUGGAGGUGUUCCAAGACAAGAUGACCACAUUCCUGAACGCUGCCGAAGAGAAACUAAAGACUGAAAACGAAAACUUAGACGAAUGCCGCGCGAAAUUCAUUGCGACUGUUAAGUUUUAUCAGUACACUCCUAAACGUGGAAAACUGGAAGACUGCGAACCGAAAGAAUUUUUCUCACUGUGGACCUCAUUUUGUAGCGAUUUCAAAGAUAUUUAUAAGAAAGAAGAACAAAUUGCAAUUAAAGAAAAGUUAAAAGAAGCCAAAAAACUUCAAGAAGAAAGGAAACCUAUGACCCAGCCUAAGAAGGAAGGUGGCUUGAAGGCGCGCUUACAGAAGCUGUCCAGAAAAUAAUACUUGAUAACAAUGGCUAAAAUUGUAUUAAUUUGUUUAAAAGCACAAAGGAUGUGUCUACUUUACUUGCUUUUGCAUUCCAAUUAGAACAUUCCGAUUCAAAAUAACUAACCAAACAGUAAACAGGCAUAUAGCCUUCUUGAUGUAAAAUUGUAAUUCCGUAAGUUUAUAUGAAUUCCGUCGAAUAUUAAAUAUAAAUUGUCGGAAAGUUAUAAGUGCGCAUUUUGACGAUCCUGGUACUCGGACUUCGACAGUUUAUAAUUCUCGAUUUUGUUACAGACUUAAUAUAUUUUUUUUUGAAGAAGGGCCUAAUUAUUAUCAAAUCAAGAAUAUUUCUGAAAGAACUAUAAUUAUGUUUUCUUUUAAAGAUUCUAACACAUUCAGUAAGGCCUAUAUUGCUAAUUUAUUUACACUAAUGAAGUUGUAUCUGCUUCAAGCUUACUAAGCAACACUAAGAAUAGUUUUAAAAAGUUUGCAGGUAUGAGAAAUAAAAAAACAUGUUAAAAUGAUCAUGUACAAAAAGAAUAACUACUCAAGUUUUUCCGUCUGGUUCUUGUGAGAAAUACAGGCAUAAUUUUGUAUAAAUUGAACAUGAGUUACUAAAGGAACUACAUUCAUAUUGGUUAACAGGUUCCCCAUUUGUGAUUAUAAUGGUACUUUAAAUUUGUAUCAUACAGAAUAUCAUUAGGUAUUCCUGCACAUACGUAAUUGUACCUGAUAUACUGUUUUUAAUGCAUUAUGUUAAUUUAAAUGCCCAAUUAUGAGCAUAGUUAUUCAUCUAAAAAUGGUGCUGUAACAAUUGUUGUAUUUGUAAAUAUUAUUAUUUAAACAUUAUAAAACUCAAAUAUUAUUAAUAAAAGCUUUUAUUAUAUAUAA